AGAAAAACGCAUGACAGGCCCUCUCCCGGAAAAGUAAGCGCUUCUUCUGAAACUGAUCUUUUCCCCCGAGAAAGAUCUUUCUCGACCAUUUCUUUAGUGCUGUGUUACUUGUAACGCUAUUCGCCGCGGCCGGUUACGGUUUGGUGCCAUUUUUGUUACCUUUUCAUCAGGCACUGUCAUUCGGGUGAGGACAAAUAGGGCCGGCAGAGGAGCAAUUUUUGAGGGAAAAUUGACUGUACCCCGAAUAGAACAACCUGUAUUCUAUCACCUUCGUCAAGAUUGUCACUUCUGUAGCUGCCUCGCAGCAGGAAGUGAGCCCGGCUUUUCCUCCCCCAACUAGUUUUUCACACCAGUAAAAAUUUGAUGAUGUUGUACACAAGAACGUUGCCCCUAAUCGAAGAAGCUUAAGCUUUCCCCCCCCCCAAAGCCAAACAAUUCAAGCACAAAAUGUCGUACUCGCUCUCCUUCAAGACCAAGGAGGGCGAGAGCUUCACGCUCGAUGUGGAGAGCUCCGCCGAAAAGAUAGAGGAUUUGAAGGUGCGGCUGAUCUCGAUGGACGAAAGCUUCGAAGAGUGCACGCUGCUGUUUAAAGGCAAGAUCUGCAAGGACGACAAAACGCUGGAAGACUGCGGCAUGGUAUCGGGCGCUGCGGGCAACGUGGUCGUCAUGCGGAAAAAGGGGAAAGUGCCAGCCAGCAAAGCCGCGGAGCAAGCUGCAACAGCGGCGAGUGCUGCCGUAGUGCCGCCAGGAACAGCACCCGCAGGUGGAGCUUCCGCAGCGCCACCCGCAGGGGGACCCUCCGCACCACCACAGGCUCCUGCGGCGGAGAAGGUCACAAUAGACCCGGCGGUGGUAGAGACGAUAAUGGCGAUGGGGAUCUGCGCCGAUCGGGCGUACGUCGAGCAGAUGCUGCAGAAGACUAAGGGAAAUGCGGAUCUCGCGAUGGCGUGGAUUCUGGAGCCGGAGCAAAUGCUGCAAGAGGAACAGCAGCACAGACAAGCGCGCCGGCAGGCACGCGCGCAGCAGCAACAACAGAGCGUGAGCGUGCAGCCCAUGCGGGUCGGGGUGGAGAAGUGGAGCGACAUGAUUCAGGACGGGGUUCUGGUACAUGACACUUAGGGAGUUUUUUAAGCUGAAAAGUCGAAUGUUUGUGAUGCAUUGGAUUCUGACGUAGGUGCAGAAGCGAAGCAGGCAUGAAAAGCAAGUGGAAGAUUUAUGCAACAGAGGACGACGUCGAUUUACAACAACAGAUAAACGGCGCCACCUCCGUCCAAGACGCAGCAGCGUAUUUGGAUAACAACAGCAAAGAAUGCAUUCUCCUGCUCCUGGGCGGCGCGACGGAAAGGAAUAGUCGCGGCAUGGUGCAGCACCUGCAGAUGAUCUACGCCAUGGCCGAGCCACAGCUGUGCAUCCUGUACGUGCCCUUCAUGGAUCAGGAUGAAGCGAAGUUUGGCGAUUUCAUCCGAGUAUAGAAGUUGCCUCUAAAUGGUGUCGUGAUUUUGCCAGUUCCAGGCACAGUUAAGUGUGAAAAAGCACAGCUUUUGAAAAAUAUAGACUUUCGUUCUCGUUGCAUGAUGAUGGCGUGCGUGGUACUAGAUAGCACCAGCGUCGAACCUCGCGCCAAAGGCCGCGUGCACACAAAAUACACAAACAAAACAGACCAUGCCGUGGGGCUCUCUCAAAUUCAACUCGCCGUCGAUGAAGCUUUUAGACGCGCGCUUCUCCCUUCGCUACAGCCACGGUUCCGUUUUGAUCCAGAAAUCCACCGGGCACGUCCUGUCCUACGGUGCGGUCAAUGACAUGCUGCUGCACAACUUUGACUACAACACGGCAAAACAGCACUGGCUCGCCAGGGGGCACAUCGUCAGGCCAGCGCCGUUCACGAAAGAGAAUCCAACGGGGAAGGGCACUGGCGCGGUCUCGUCAACGGGCGCGGGGGCAGGCGGAGGUACUUACUUGCGGACUGUCUUUUGAUACGUGUGAUGAGGAUGUCGUGAGAACAAGCUGGGAUUUUCUUGCAUAAUCGGACUCUCGUCAUUGAAAACUCUAGUAUUGAGGGUCGUAUGAAUCUCCGCUAACUUCUACAGGCCAACCCGCGGUCGCGCCCCCGGUUGUUCCGCAGCCCGUCGCGGCACCACAGGCUGCCGUGGCCGCCGCGGCGAAACCUACCCCCGCGACGUCAUCUUCCGGUCCCGCUGCAACCGCGGUUUUACCGGGUGGGAAUCCCGCACUGGAGUUGGUAAAAGUCCAGGACGCGGUCAACGAAUUCUGCGAAGUCGGAGACUAUACGCAGCAAGAAGAAUUCUUCGCAACACUCUUGAAAGUGCUAAACAACAUCGCCGCUACGCCAACCGAGCAGAAGUUCCAGGCGAUAAAAAACACGAACGCGAAGCUGUUCGGACCGUUUGUGGCGAGAGUAGAGGAUCCGAAUGCGAUGGUGGAUGUAAAUCCAGCGCCGGUUGGAGGUAAGGUUUUGGAUUUUACAAGGGUGUUUCUCAGAUUGUGGUUUCUUUGCAUGACAGAUAGUUGUAGAGCAAAAGUUCCUACAGCUCGCCGCAAUAAUUUAAAGAUUCCGCGACGGACCAAAAAAUAUGCAUAUGGUCGCCGGACCAGGUCCAGGAUCUCCGAUUCUCAAUUUCCGCUUUUGACAACUAACAGACCGCCCCGGAAUCGCGGUGCUAUCCAUCGCGCACUUCGCGCCCGAUGGCGACUUCGUGCGCUGGAACGCCAGUGCGCCGAAUGCGCUCCCGGAUUUGAUCGCGUUGCGAAACCAUUUGGUCACCAUCGCGAAGAAAUCUAGUGAGCGGAAAUUUAGAUUCGAGCGGGACCAAAAGAUCGCGGUCGAGAUGGAAAAGGACAAAGGGAGACAAACGAAAUAUGGCGGAGCGGAAGGCAGCGGAAAGAUGACCCUUGGGCAGGACAGGAGGAAGCGCGGUGGCGGCUGAGGCUAGGCACACGGUCGCUACUUUUCAACUUGGAGCGAACGUGUGCUUUUGAAACAGAUGUAGAACUUUUUUAGCUGAUCAGAUUGAUUCUGAGAUCAGCGGCUGAACUACGCAAAAGUGCUGAGUGUUUGAGAUCGUCGUGUAGCGCCAGUCCACCUCCGUCGUUUUGUUGGGGGCUGAGCGACGUUGUGCUGCACAAGAACCGAGAGAGAGUCUUUCUAUCAGGGCUUUUAAAGCUUUUGAUGUUCUUCUCGUGACGAAGUGGAAGAUGAGUUCCUCUUUUGUGAGGCCUCUUUCGCUUCUGAUUUAGAAUCACUGGAUAGAAGGAUGUAAUUACUACGGUCUUCUUUUUUUAGGUUUCUGAUUCAUUAUCGCUGAAAAUCCAAUAUCUCGCUGAAAAUCCAAUAUGCUAAAGAAGCGACAAACUCAAAAUCUCCAAUCCAAAUCGAAAACUUGCUUUCCUGCAGGUGGGUCGGGAAGAAUUAAGUUCGAGUAUCUGAGUGCGCGUCGCAUUCAAGGCGAAAUCUAAACUCUCGACUUUGUCUGUGUUUGUCCUAACCUGUCGGUCUCUUUCUAAAUCGUGACUUCCUGCCGGUGACGAGCAAAGCUGUGAAAAGACAUGAUCCUACACUCCAAAAUCGUGCCAAACUAUUCGUUCCUGAAAUGCCCAAUAGACCGAUCGCACGCUAUAGAUUAUGGUCAAGAUUUAGAUCUGGAAUAGCUGUUCCCUGACAUGACAUCGAGGACUGGAUCCAAAUUGAUCGUGCCCUUCAGUGGUGAUGAUCUCAGAUUUCCACCGAUCUAAAGAAUCGUGAUGAGUGAUCUGUAAAAGAUUAGUGGCCGUGGAUUAGAUCAAAGUCAAAUGCUAGCCUAGAUGGAAGCUGUGCCACACUGGAAAAGAUGAACGAAGCCAACUGCGAAAAGCAUAUCAUGAUCAUCUGAAAAGGGAUUUUCAUCAACUUUUUCUCUUUUAUCUCACAGGGACAGUAGUGGUAGGACACACUUACUAGGAC